AGAUGUAGCGGCGCUGCCCAAACUGCCCCACGGCCGCCUCUCGCCUCCAGUCGGCGGGUCUCCACCUUCGGGACAGUUACCACCAGCACCACCCUCCCCCUUCAGCGCACCAGAGAUCCCUGCGCAGACACCCCCGUUCCUCCUGCACACAGCGCUCCGCCCCUCCCGAAAAGUAGAUCCGGCCAGGCAGACAAAAGUUUGGGAGAGAAGUUCGGUCUGUGCUGAGUGUGAGAGUGAGGGGGGCGGGGGCCGAGGAGAGUGGGGCGGCAGGGCAAGUGGACGCGUGAACAGACAGACCUGCGGACGGGACAGCCGCGGCCGUAGGCCCUUCUAGCCCCGCUUAACCCCUGAUGCGCGGGGGGAAGCAGCCCCUCUCGCUGGGGGAUGCUGCGGGAUUCCCGGUGCCGGGCAUCCGGGCCGCCCGCUAAACCCGUGUGCCUACCCCGUGCCCCCGGGGAACCGGAGUCCGGCCGCUGGGAAAGAGAAGCGGCCGCAGAGACGCUGCAGGGUGCCGGGCGGGGAGGGGGCUGGAGGCCCCAGGCCCGAGGGCAUGGAGCGGUUAGGGGAGAAAGCCAGUCGCCUGCUGGAGAAGUUAAGACUCUCGGACUCCGGCAGCGCCAAGUUCGGCCGCAGAAAGGGUGAAUCUAGCCGGUCUGGAUCUGAUGGGACCCCCGGGGCGGGCAAGGGGCGUCUGAGUGGGUUGGGGGGACCUAGGAAAUCAGGGCCCCGUGGAGCUACUGGGGGACCUGGGGAUGAGCCGUUGGAGCCAGCCCGGGAGCAGGGCCCCCUGGACGCUGAGCGGAACCCGCGCGGCUCCUUUGAGGCGCAGCGCUACGAAGGCUCCUUUCCUGGGGGGCCGCCUCCCACCCGGGCCUUGCCUCUACCUCAGUCGUUGCCCCCCGACUUUCGGCUGGAGACCACGGCCCCAGCUCUAAGCCCCCGCUCCAGUUUCGCCAGUAGCUCAGCCAGCGAUGCCAGCAAGCCGUCCAGUCCCCGGGGCAGCCUGCUGUUGGACGGGGCGGGGGCCGGUGGAGCCGGAGGUAGCCGACCCUGCAGCAAUCGUACCAGCGGCAUCAGCAUGGGCUACGACCAGCGCCACGGCAGCCCCCUGCCCGCCGGGCCAUGUCUGUUUGGCCCACCCCUGGCUGGGGCUCCGGCGGGCUAUUCCCCUGGAGGGGUGCCGUCCGCCUACCCGGAGCUCCACGCUGCCCUGGACCGACUGUGCGCUCACCGGCCGUCGGGAUUCGGCUGCCAGGAAAGCCGCCACUCGUAUCCCCCGGCCCUAGGCAGCCCCGGGGCUCUAGCCGGGGCCGGAGUGGGAGCGGCAGGGCCUUUGGAGAGACGCGGGGCGCAACCCGGACGACACUCGGUGACCGGAUACGGGGACUGCGCCGCGGGCGCCCGAUACCAGGAUGAGCUAACAGCAUUGCUGCGCCUGACGGUGGGCACGGGUGGGCGAGAAGCCGGCACCCGCGGGGAACCCUCGGGGAUUGAGCCGUCGGGUGUCGAGGAGCCGCCGGGUCCGUUCGUUCCAGAGGCCUCCCGGGCCCGGAUGCGGGAACCAGAGGCCAGAGAAGACUACUUCGGCACCUGUAUCAAGUGCAACAAAGGCAUCUAUGGGCAGAGCAAUGCCUGCCAGGCCCUGGACAGCCUCUACCACACCCAGUGCUUUGUCUGCUGCUCCUGUGGGCGAACUUUGCGCUGCAAAGCUUUCUAUAGCGUCAAUGGCUCCGUGUACUGUGAGGAAGAUUAUCUGUUUUCAGGGUUUCAGGAGGCAGCUGAGAAGUGCUGUGUCUGUGGUCACUUGAUUUUGGAGAAGAUCCUACAGGCCAUGGGAAAGUCCUAUCACCCAGGCUGCUUCCGAUGCAUCGUUUGCAACAAGUGCCUGGAUGGCAUCCCCUUCACAGUGGACUUCUCCAACCAGGUGUACUGCGUUACUGACUACCACAAAAAUUAUGCUCCUAAGUGUGCGGCCUGCGGCCAACCCAUCCUCCCCUCAGAGGGCUGUGAGGACAUUGUGAGGGUGAUAUCCAUGGACCGGGAUUAUCACUUUGAGUGCUACCACUGUGAGGACUGCCGGAUGCAGCUGAGUGAUGAGGAAGGCUGCUGCUGCUUCCCUCUGGAUGGGCACUUGCUCUGCCACGGCUGUCACAUGCAGCGGCUUAAUGCCCGACAGCCCCCUGCCAACUAUAUCUGAACUGCAGUCACUACUGCUGCCUUCGCCACCAUUGACAAAUUCCUCUGGCCAGAGGGCCCCUCUGAGGCCAGCCGAGGCAAGGAACGCACUCCCAGGCCGGGAAGAAGAGCCCUCUGGGGAAGGCCCCAAGGGCCAGAGACCCAAAGAUAUGACAUUCCAAAUGGAUUGUGGAGAAGGAACCUUCCAAUUGCCAUGGUGGGGUGACUGGCUUUCUUUCCAUGUGUGUAGCCUGUGCUGUAGCGUGUACUCAGGCACACACUACAGGCGAGUUCCAGUACUUUCUAAAGCUCUGAUUCUGGUCUGUAUCUCCAGUGUCUGAUUAUGCAUAAGUCAAGUGAUGUUCCAGCUUUGGAUUAUAGGAAGAGAGGACAUCAUGAGCACUCCUCACUCUUUUGUACCCCUCAUGUGGGUCAGGUAUGGGGUCAGCAGGUUCUUACUACAGUGUCUUUGUAUCUGGAUGAAGAGAUGGACACUAGACCUUAUUAAUGAGUUUUUUUCUUGGCCACCUUCUCCCUAUAGACUAGGAGCACUGCUCACCCCUCUGCUGGGAAGGGGGACAGCUCUCAGUGGGCCUGUUGCCUGUAUUGCCUAUUUCUCAGGGACUCACGUGGGCCUGGGAAGGCUAGGUGGGUGCCCAUACUUGGUUCCUCUUCUCCUCAGUUGGGGAAGUAAUGAGUGGGUCCUUGGGGGUGGAGGUGCCAGGUGAGACAUGUAAGAAGUGUCAGGCCAACCGCGCUCCGUGCACAUGCCCAGGUAUAGGUGCACUGAGACCCCCAGCCCAAUGUAGACACACAUAGGCACAUUCAUAGACACACUGUCUCACUCCCUUCUUCUCAGGUCACUCUUAUCCAGUUCCCUAAUAGUCACUCACCACUCCAGACCUGCCACCUCUCAGAGGAAUCUAGGAUUAUAACCACUACAACUCCCAAACUCUGAGGUUCUGGGGAGCCAGAGGGGCAACACACUUUGAUCUGGUUCUAGUCGUUUGGCUGAAAUCGGUUUACCUAAGCUAGAUUCCCUUAAAGCCAAUUCGUGGGAGACUUGUAUGCUUAAAGUUUACUUGUUUUGGGGGGGGGCAGGGAGGGUGCAAAAAAGGUGGUUUUAUUGAAAGCACGGGAAUAGGACCCAUGGGCAGAAAGAGCUGCCAAAGUUUACUUAAUGACCAGUUUGCCAAAAGCUCAGUCCCUUUGGGGUAUUUUUAUAGCCAUUUAGGUGUUUCGUUGUUAUGUUUUGGGUGUUUUCAAGAUUUACAUCUAUUCAUCCAACAGUACUUCUGAAUUAUUGUCAACAACAUAAAUUUAUCAAAUUUGCAGCACUUUGUAAUGUUGAGAUUGCUUCCUACCUUUAUGGACAUUUUCCUAUGUUAUCUACUUUUCAAACACUUUUCUAAAAAGUUUAAAGUUUCUAGCAAUAAAUAUAAUUGGUAUGGACAUUUUGUGUAUCAUUUUUUUGUGUUUCUUAAUUCAAUAUUCCUUUACAAAUUAGAUGCCUUGGAAAAUGUAAUAGAGCUCAAUAUGAUUUUGAUGCUUUGGCCUAAUUUCUACAUUCCUGCUGUUAAAAAUGCCAAUAUAUUCUAAACAAAUGAGCAGGCAUGUGGCAUGUUCAGUUGACUAACAAUUAAAGGUUAUGUGGACAACAACAGUAAAAAGUGAAAGGGUAAAUCUGCUAAAUCCUUUUGAAAUGCUGCAGAUUUGAUAAAUAUUUAUUUUAGACUAAUUGUCUGUAGGUGAAUUGGUUUUCGGCAAAUUAAUCUGAUAAUCUUUAAUCCUUAGUCUUCAUUCCCUGUCACUUAGAGUUUCAUACUAGAAAUGGUUACUCCUAAGAACAGAAAUUCCGCGUUUAGGGGUUAUUCUAAGGUGACCGUGCCAGCCAAGCUGGGGUUGCAGAGGAGAGGCCUGUGCAUGAGGGUGUGAGGGGGAGUAAGAGCUCACAUUCAUACCCCUGACUGCAGAGGGGAUGCACUUUUUUUGGAGGGAUAAAUUUUCUGAUAGAUUACUUGAUCUACAGCUGGGAUUGCUUCUUCUGAAUUAUUAUUAUUAAAUAAGUGAAUACAAUGACGCUGACUGGGCAAUUUUCUCACCAGGCUGCUCCAGGCCUGGGAAAUCCAGACAAGUAUGUAUACCUUUACACCCAUCCCUUCUUUGACUCUUGGAGGUCGUGUCCACUCUGACCUUUGGUUUCUUACUCUGAUUUCAGCCUCCAUCUUACUGGCUGAUUCCUUUCUGGGUCUGUGCUCCUCUGUGCCAGCCCCAAGGCUCCCCAGGACUCUGUUCUUGCCACUGGGGCUACUCCCUUCCUCCAUCCUAAGAAAAGACAAGUGCUAACAGCUGAUGAGGACAGGCCCAGGGAAGGCAGGCUGUGGCAGAAGAUCAGCCCCAGCCACUUCACGUUGUCACUGGCAGGCUCCCAAGUGUUCCCUGCAUUGCAAGACCCCUUCUUCCUGUUUCCCAGGAGACAGCUCUACCUGACCCAUUCUAUUUAAUAUUUACAGCUAAUAGAUUCGUGGGGUGCUGCAAAGGACCCAGCAACAGGUAGACCUUGUUUGGCCAGCUUACUGCCUGGUUUUCAUCAAUAGCCACUAGGCCUGAGAUGGGACAAGGGGGAAAUGGGAGAGUCUUGGAUCUUUUUGGUGUCUCUAGAUGAGAGUCACAGUACGGGGGUCAGGCUUUCACAGCAGACUGGCUGUUUGCUCUGGUAAGCUCCGUUCACUACAGGCCUGAAUGUGGUUUGGUUUAUGAAGAAUAUGGUUGGUGGUGGUUCUCCCUCUGCCUCACUCCUUCAAGACCUGUUUCUCCCUUCCCCCUUUCCUAGGCCAGGGAAUUGGUAAGAUUCCAUUUGCAAUCAGGCCGGAGACUGUCCUCAGUUGAGGAAGUAGAGAAAGCUAUUUCUAGGCACAUAAAGCCAGCUGGAUAAGGUCCUUGAGAUUGUACAUAUAACAAGAGGGAUAAUGAGAGAGAAAGGAGACUGAUAGGAUUGAGACAAAAGGAUUGGAAAAACCAGUGAGCAAAAGCAUUUUGUUGUUUUAGAAGGAUCCAGACUCGAGCCAGGUCAUUUGGAGCCCUAAUGUUAGAGGGUUCCACAACAAAGACAAUCUCCGUCCUCUCCCUUCUCCCUCACAGCAAAGGAGAACCUAAGACGGCCUCUGCCUUGCUGCCCGUUACUGGUGUAGAGACCUUGGAAUAUCCAUACUUGGCCCUGGUUGUGAAGGACUGAGGUUUGACCUUGGAAACGAGCAAACUGUCACUGGGACAUAUGGAUUAGAGCAGUCUAAUGUGUUCGGAGAGUAGUCAGAGGCAGAUUCUGUCCACCUAUGCUUAGAAAGGAUAGCACUGCCCCUUGUGAAGGGAGCCAAGGAGCGAUCCAAGCAGGGAGACACAGGUUACAAGGAACAUCUGCUGAAAGGUGUAGGUUAGGCUUGUAUCCUAGAGGGAGGGUUAGAGCCAAGCAGGGUGCGAUUUUGGAACUCUGUGACCUCGUUUUACCAAAUGAAGAAAUAGAAGUGGAGGGAUAACGGCACUUACCUAAGGUCAUGCAGCUGGAAAAUGAGGUUCCAACUUUUGAAGACUAAUAAAGAGUUUAUUUCCCCUCUUCCGUCCCACCCGAACCUUCAUCCCCAUUGCAGGGACUCCCACAGCACAAGUAAACUGUAAAUUAGAUCAGCCCUUCAUUAUGAUGGAUAAUUAGGGAAAGUUUUAGUGGGAAAGCCAGGGAAUAUAAGAGACAAUAAUGAAAACUUGUGCUUCUUACUAAUGUUUUUGUUUUUUGGUUGGUUGGUUGGUUGGUUUUUUUGCUAACUUGAACUAGCAGUAGCCAAAGUAUCUUUAAAAGCACAUUAGAAGAAGCAAAAGAAAUACACUGCAGGAGAGUCCCUGCCCUUGAGGAGGUCACAGUCUAGCCAGGGAGACAAAUACACACAUAAAAUGCCUUGAGAAGAUUACAAGCAACAUGUCACCAAGUGCAAAGUAAUUGAGUGUUACAAACAAAAGACCUAAUGCUGCAGGGUACAGAUGACAGGGGGGAGACUUUGUUGGACUUUGAUUGUAGAUCAGAAUGUGGCGGCCCAUAGACAAAUCCUGUCCCCAAAUGCAUUCUUUGGCCACUGGGAGUGGGAGUUAUUUUUUAUAUUAUUUUGAACCUUCACUGAGGAGAGGAAAAUGCCAGAUAGUAAAUGUAGAAAGAAUGAUAGAAUUGGAAAAACAGCAUUUUGUGAACCCGAAUAAAAUAAUUGAUUCGGGCCAAAUUAUUAAGUAGAGUGAAAGCUAUAAGUGAAAUGAUUGGUGGACAACUGGACAUUGUGUGUGUAUAUAUAUAUAUAUAUAUAUAUAUAUAUAUAUAAUAUAGUGCCAAGUAACCUACCAGCUUAUGGUCUUGUCAUCACUCAUUUCCUGGAAUGGGUCUUAGUAUCACCAGCCAGUUGACCGGUUCUGGUGUGAGGCAAAUCCAUAACCCAGCCUAGUGUAGAGUCCACCUGUUCCCCACCCACCGGAGAAGUAGGACAUGUAGCUUGAGGUUUACAGGAAGUGCUGUGAGAAAGUAAAGGAUGCCAGGAGGAAGCAACCCCACAAACCUAGGAGGUGAGGCAAUCUGCAGGGCAAUGGGUCAGCGCUCUUGAGCAAGUCCGCAUGAUUUUUUUUUUUAACUUCAAAACUGCUAGAUUAGAGGGACUUAAGCUAUUUCGUAACAAUGCAACGCAUGGUCCUGGAUUCCCUAUUGGUUUAAGCAAAUUGCUAUAAAAGAUAUUUGGAGUCAACUGGGAAAUUUUUUAUAUGGACGGGAUUAGAUGAGGUGAAAAUUUACUGAGCCGGAAAGGUCAAAAUCAUUAACAAAAAUGCCAGUCACAAAACCAGUACAGGGUAAUCGUUUUUUUGUUUUCAAAGUGUCUAUACGUUAAAAAAAAAAAAAAAAAGAUCUGAAAGGAUAGGCAUGAAGGUGUUGAGAGUGGUGAUCUCUGAGUGGUGAGAGUAUGUUUUUGUGUUGUUGGCCUAUGUUUUCUAUUUUUAUACAGUGCACUUGUACUGCCUCUGUAGUAGUAAAAAGCUGUUAUGAAUAAAAUAACUAGUUGCCAACUUUUAUAAUUAAGGAGAUUUCACAUAAAAAUCCAUAGAUUGUAUGUGAAGAGAGGGGUUUCUAAGGUUUUUCUGAAUAAUCAGAAGAUCUGUCACCCCUGGCCUUCCAGUCUCACAAGGCAACAAUUAGUUGGAACCGAGUGAUGGCUGCUCCUUUAUAGGGUAUAUUCUCUCCUUCAUUUGUCACAGUUCUUACCACUCUGUGUGCUUCACACUGCUUACUGCCUGGCUCCUGUAGACCCUCUGUUUGUGUCAGUAACCCUCUAGUUGGGUGAUCCUGAUGGGCUCCUCCCCAUCCAUAGACCCUCCCAUUAUUAAUUGUUGAAGGUAUCAACAAAUUAGUUUUGAAAUGCUGCCCGAGAAAAGCAUCUGUUCCAGAAUUACCUGUACCUGGUUGGUUUGUUUGUUUGUGUUUGUGUUUGUGUUUGUGUUUGUUUUUGUUUUUGUUUUUGUUUUUGUUUUUGUUUUUUAUAAGGCAACCCAGUCAUGUGAAACCCAGAUGUAAUAAUUAAUCUACUUAGCUACCAUGGUUGCAUACUGUAAAUUAGUUUAGCAAAAUUUCUCUUUGGUAAAUGGAAUUUGGAAAGUAUACUAAAUUGCUAACUUCCUCAAGGUUUGGUUUUUUUUUGCCAUUACACCUUAAUCUUAGGGGGCAUUUCAAAAUUUACAAUGUAUGGUCUUCCCAACCACGAAACUCCAAAUGCGCUUUGGUUGGUCUGUUUCUCCCACUGGUUCUGAUACAAUUUUUAAAGGAGAAAAUCUCUUUCAUAUGCAACUCAGUGUAAGACAGUGUCAUCAUCAGUUUAAAAUCCAGGGAAAUACUUUUAUCAGCCUGGCACAUGUUUUCUCAUUACAGCAGCACACUCAAUCCUUAUAACAAGAACUGCACACGUUGUGCCUCAUGUCUAGCUUUUCAAAAUGAUACUGGUCUUCUUCUGAAUCAAUUUCCUUUACUGUCUCAUAUUCCUUUGGUAAAAAUUGUUUCAAUCUGUCCCAUUUUUGAGCCAAAUUUCUCAGCUUUUCUUUGAGAUCCAAAAUGUCCUAUCAGGCCUUAUUUAUAUACUAGUUCACAAUGGUGUCUCAGUAAAACCAGGCUCAUUUCAGUUUGUAUAACAAACGUUUCCAUGAACAGACAGGCAACCCUUGAAGCCACAAGGGAGCUGGGUUUGAAAUCCCCCUUGGAAUGGUUAAUCAAUUGAAAAAUGGCACAUUAUGAACAUUUGUUCCAAAAUUGCUAUUUGAUGUCAUAGGUUGAUUACGUAUUUUCUUUAUCCACUUGUUUUCUCCUUAAAUCAUGUACUCACAAUGGGCAUGGAAUUUCCUAGCUUAAUCAUCAAUAGUUGUGUCUCUGAAUACCUUCAUUUUCCAGUGAACACCCUUGAAAAUAAUUUGAAAACCUCUUGACUGCCUGUAAAUUUUAUUCCUGAAACUGGUUUCAUAUAUAUUCAGGUCCAUAAUACAAAUAUAUUCUUGCUACUCAUAUUCAGAUACUUUCAAAGUAGUAUCGUUCGUUUUUUUUUUAAUUUUUCUAAACAAUUGCUCAGUUAAGUGUAGUUCCACACUCCAAUGGCGAUUUUAAUAUCCUAGCUUUGAAAUCUGAUUAUUUAAGCCCAAAUUUUCCAUGUGAAAACGUAUUCUACUCAAAAGUUUCCAUUGGUUUGAUAAAUAGAAUGUGUACUAAA